AUGCGUAGUCACUUGCCGUCUACUGAGCGCGCACACUUUAGUCAGUACAAGAGUGCUAAGACCUUGUACGACGCUGUAGUUGCACGCUACUCUUCCCCUGCCACUGCUGCCCUUAGCCGCCUCAUACUGCCGUACUUGUUCCCUGACCUCGCCGCCUCUCCCACAGUCGCUUACCUCAUUACGCACCUUUGCACUAGUGACACCCGCUACCGCGCUGCGCUUCCUGCUGAGUUCUGCGCCAAGAACCCCCCCCCCCCCCCCCCCAUGUACAUCACCCUCUACUACAUAGUCACCCGGCUCUCUGACUCCCUUCGCUGGGUCAGGGACCACUUCCUCUUUGUUUGCCCCACCACACUCACCGUUGACAUCCUCGAGGAGCGCCUCCUGGCAGCUGAGAAGAGUAUAGUCGCUGUAGGAGCCUUUUGUGGUGACCCUCGUACCCCCUUCUUUGAGGGGUGCUCCCCCUCACCACUUUUGCCCUCUGUUGCCUCUGCUGCUGCCGUCGACUUCGUUGGCACCGAGUCGGUCGGCGCUGCAUCUGCCCCUAGCGGGAGACGCCGCACCGGCAAGGGCAAGGGGGGCAAGGACGCUGGAGGGGCUGGCGGGGGCGGUGGAGGUGGCGGUGGAGGCGGCGGAGGGAGUGGGGGUGGCGGUGGGAGUGGUGGCGGGGGUGGGGGCUUCGGUGGCGACGGUGGAGGCGGAGGCGGCGGCGGCGGUGGCGGUGGGAGCGGAGGAGGAGGCGGUGGCGGCGGUGGCGGAGGUGGCGGUGGCGGAGGUGGAGCUGGUCGGGGUGGCUCUGCGCAGCGGGGCGGCUUUGGUGGUGGUGCUGGUGAGGCUGCUGCUCUAGGUGCUAGUGCGUCUGCUGCCCUAGGUACUGGUGCGUCAGCUCUCUCAGGACUCUACCUCCCCUCGUUCUCUACAAACUUGGCGAGUGGUGCUGAUCUACAGGAUGAGGGGGUUGACCAGCUCACUCCUGCGUGUCAGCGAGUGACCCACUGCACGUGUGCUCGGACGGGCCGACACUUGGCCACGUUUACCCGUCAGCCGGGGUCGAGCCUGUACACACUGACUACUGAGUCUCCUCCGGUUGCUGAGUCUGGUCAGGUGGAUGCGUCGGGUCAGGUGUUUGCUGCAGCGUCCAGGUCUGGUCCUGAGUCUGCUCCCUGCUCGUGUCAUCUCCUGUCCCACCGGACUCUCCUCUGGCACCACCGCCUUGGUCACCCCUCCCUGCCUCGUCUCCGAGGCAUGGCCUUCCGUUACCUUGUCUCUGGUCUCCCCCGGUCCCUCCCUCCCCUCCCUCCGGGGCCUGCCCCUACCUGCGUUCCCUGCGUCGAGGGGCGGCAGUGCGCCACUCCUCACUCCUCCGAGUGUCCUCCGACAGAGGCUCCGCUACAGACUCUUCACAUGGACGUGUGGGGCCUUGCCCGCGUCCGUGGCCAGGGUCACGAGCGUUACUUCCUGUUGGUGGUUGACGACUACUCGCGUUACACCAUGAUUUUCCCCUUGCGCAGCAAGGGUGACGUCACUGAGGUGUUGAUCGACUGGAUCCGCGCAGCUCGUCUCCAGCUCAGAGAGAGUUUCGGCUCGGACUUUCCUGUUCUGCGUCUGCACUCUGACAGAGGCGGGGAGUUGUCCUCUGCCCGUCUGGGAGCCUUCUGUCGAGCACAGGGCAUCCGCCAGACCUUCACGCUUCCGGCCUCUCCACAGCAAAAUGGGAUUGCUGAGCGCCGCAUUGGCAUGGUCAUGGACGUCGCUAAUACGUCCAUGAUUCAUGCGGCUGCUCCCCAUUUUCUGUGGCCGUUCGCGGUUCAGUACGCGGCGCAUCAGAUCAACCUUCAGCCCCGAGUCUCCUUGUCGGAGACCUCCUGUACUCUGCGGUGGACGGGGAAGGUUGGCCAUGCGUCUGCGUUUCGUGUCUCGGGAUCUCGUGCUUUUGUCCGCGACUUGUCUGCGGACAAGCUGUCCCCUCGUGCUGUUCCCUGCGUCUUCCUUGGCUUCCCCCCUAACGCGCCUGGUGUGUCCCAGGUAGAUGCGGUCGAGCUUGUCGAGGUAGCAGUUGACUCUGGUGCUCCUCGGGGUGCUGAGCCUGCGGGUGCGGGGCCUGGGGGUGCUGAGCCUGGGGGUGCUGUCUCUGGGGGUGCUGAGCCUGGGGGUGCUGCGUCUGGAGGUGCUGAGCCUUGGGGUGUUGGGUCUGGGGGUGCUGAGCCUGAGGGUGUGGAGCCUGAGGGUGUUGGGCCUACUCCUGUGGAGUCUGGCGGUGCAAGGUCUGGGGGUCCCUCGGGUACUUCGUCCCGGCGGGAGCUCCCCUCUCCUCAGGAGCUGCGCGAGUGGUUUGCUCGGCGCUGGAGCCGUGCUGCUGGAGCUGGAGAAGCUGGUACUGGAGCUGCUGGGCCUGGGGGUGCUCCUUGUUCUGUAGCUGCUGGUGGUGCUGGAGCUGCUGGUGGAGCUUCUGGCGCACGUGCUGCUGGAGGUGCUGGAGCUGUGGCUGUCGAGUCUUCCGGUGGCCCGGCUGGAGCUGGAGCUGCUGGGGAUGUUGGCGCUGGAGGUGCUGCUGGUGCUGGUGGUUCUGAGGGUGCUGGUGUUGGCGGUGCUGCGGCUGGGGGUACUACUCGUGCUGGUGCUGCCGCUGGGGGUGCUGGUGCUGUCCCUGCUGGUUCCGGAGGCGCUGUGCGGCCACGGCCAGUCCUCUCUUCCUGCUCUUGCUGA